AUGUAUAUCUACUCUGUCACCAACUAUCCGCCCGUACAGAACACGACUACUGACAUACACCCUGUGGAGAACACCACCACCGACCUACGCCCCGUAGAGAAUGCCGCUCCCAACCGAAGCCCUGUAGAGAAAAGCACCGCCAAUGUACACCCCAUAGAGAACACCAACACCAACCUACUCCCCGUAGAGAACACCCCCACCCAUAGACACCCUACGGAGAACACCACCACCAACACACACCUCGUAGAGAACACCAACACUGAUCUACUGCCCAGAACACCCCCCAACCAUAGAUGCCCUACAGAGAACACCCCCACCAACGUACACCUUGUAGAGAACACCAACACUGACCUACUCCCCGUAGAGAACACCCCCAACCAUAGACGCCCUACGGAGAACACCACCGUCAACAUACACCUUGUAGAGAACACCAACACCGAUCUACGCCCCGUAGAGAACAACCCCCACCCAUAG